CUCCUCUUUGUCUUUUGACUCUCUCUCUCUCUCUUCUUUUCCACCGGCGAACCAUUGCUUCUCUCUCCUCCUUUUUCCCACCGCCGACCAUUUCUCCUUCUCUCCUCAAUUCUCAACUACAAAGUCUCAAUUUUUACCCUUUUGUUGAACUCUUCUUCACUCUCAGACAGACGUGAUGCCGACUCUUUACUGAGUCUCACCGCCUUUGACUCGCCCUGGGGGCUGGGGCAGACACCAACAAACAAUGAGGUUGUUUCUCUGUGGUCUCCAGGUGCUUCUGCUUCUUCUCUCUCACCAACUCUCUGCUCAAUCUCCUCAUCCUCCUCCUCCGACCAAUGCCUCUUCUCUCGAUUCCCUUCUCCAAGACUACUCUUUCAGAGCCUUCCUCCGUCGUCCUCGUCCCCGCACCGGCAUUCUCUACGACGCCGCCGCCACCGUCCCUCCCGAUUUAACCGGGAUCAAACUCUCCGCCAUGAGGCUCAGAAGCGGGAGCCUGAGGAGACGUGGAGUACCUUCCUUGAAAGAGUUCUCGAUUCCAAAAGGCGUAAUCGUGAAGCCGUACGUGACAAGGCUCGUCUUCGUCUACCAAAACCUAGCCAACUUCUCUCGCUUGUACUACCCUCCUCUGUCUGGCUACGACUAUGUAGCUCCUGUGGUUGGUCUCCUCGCUUACGACGCCAAGAACCUCUCCGCCGUUAACUUACCGGAGCUCGAGAUAACGGCGUCUAAGGAUCCCAUAAGAAUCGAUUUCUCUGAUGAUCUCGAACCGAUCCCGCAAGGAGGAGGGAGUGUUCAGUGCGUUAGCUUUGAUUCGAAAGGUAAAGCGAGUUUUAGAGAUUCGGUUCCGCCGGGGAACGCAUGCGAGACGGAGAGGCAGGGGCGUUUCUCGGUGGUGGUGAAGUCUGUCGCGUCUGCUCCUUCUCCUUCUCCAGCUCCUCCUCCUCCGGAGAAGGAGAAGAAGAAGAGGUCUGAGUCUAAUUCAAGAACUUGGAUCACUGUUGGCUCUGUGCUGGGUGGAUUGGUGCUGUUGGGGCUUUUGAUGUUUCUUGUUCUGCGGUGUCGGAGUUACAAGAAGCGGGAGAGAAUGAAGGAGAUGGAGAGAGCUGGAGAGACAGGGGAAGCUCUGAGGAUGACUCAGGUCGGUGAGACGAGAGCACCUACUGCUACAACCACUCGUACACAACCGGUUCUUGAAACUGAAUACGCAGCUUAGAAAAUAUCUUUUUUUUUUGUGUACAUCUUGAUCAUAUGUUACUACAAUUAUUUUUCUUUCUGGUAAAGUGUUUUGUUCUGAUUAUUUGUUCGUUGUGAUUAGCAAGUUGAAACUUUACAUUCA